CAUGCGAGUUUGUUUGGAUUUCCAUGCGGCACUGAAUUGAGUCAAAUAACUGAUUAAAAAAAACAAGGAAUUAAAAAAAAUAACAGUCACUUCAUCACAACCGAAAUGGGCAAAAAAGGCAAGAAAGAGAAGAAGGUGAAGGGCGCAGAGAAGACAGCUGCUAAAAUGGAGAAAAAGGUUUCAAAGAGGUCCAAACGAGAAGAGGAGGAUCUGGAGGCUUUAAUUGCAGAGUUUCAGAAUCUGGAUGCAAAGAAGACCCAGGUUGUAGAGACAACAUGUCCUCCUCCGUCACCAAGAUUGAAUGCGUCUUUCUCUGCCCAUCCUGAGAAAGAUGAACUCAUCCUGUUUGGAGGAGAGUUGUUCAAUGGAAAGAAGACUUAUCUGUACAACGAUUUGUAUUUCUACAACAUCAAGAAGAACAGUUGGGUUAAAUCAGAGAUCCCCAACCCUCCUCCACCACGCUGCUCUCACCAGGCGGUGGUAGUUCCCCAGGGUGGGGGCCAGCUGUGGGUGUUUGGGGGAGAGUUUGCCUCUCCAAAUGGGGAACAGUUCUACCACUACAAGGACCUCUGGGUGCUCCACCUGGCGACACACACCUGGGAGAACAUCAAGGCGCCUGGUGGUCCGUCGGGUCGCAGCGGCCACCGGAUGGUCCUCAGCAAGAGACAGCUGCUGGUGUUUGGAGGUUUCCAUGAGAGCACCAGGGACUUUAUCUAUUACAAUGACGUCUACUCUUUCUCCCUGGACACCUUCACCUGGUCACGCCUGGCUCCAUCAGGCUCCGCCCCCUGCCCACGCUCUGCAUGUCAGAUGACCUCCACACCCGACGGCACGGGUGUCAUCAUCUACGGGGGAUACUCUAAAGUGAGAGUCAAGAAGGACGUAGAGAAGGGGACCAUCCACUCUGACAUGUUUCUUCUGAAGCGAGAGGGUAAAGAUGGCCAAGAGAAGUGGUCGUGGUCCAGGGUUAGCCCCUCAGGUAACAAACCCCCACCUCGCUCUGGUUUCUCCCUGGCGGUGGGCCCAGCGGGGCGGGCAGUGUUGUUUGGCGGGGUUUGUGAUGAGGAAGAGGAGGAGACGUUGGAGGGCGACUUCUACAACGACCUGUACUUGUACGACACGGUGAAGAACCGCUGGUUCCCCGGCCAGCUCAGGGGAAACAAGACGGAGAAGAAGAAACGACGAAGGGGGAAGAAGGGUGGAGCAGAGGGGGAGGGAGCGGGGAAGGAGGGGGAGGGGGGUGACCUCAAGGACCUCACUGAGGUCAUCAAGGAAAUCGUCACCGAGGACGGCACAGUGAUGACCAUCAAGGAAGUGAUCCCUGGAGCUCAGGAGGAGGAGGAGGAGGAUGAGGAAGAGGAGGAGGAGGAGGAGGAGGAUGAUGAUGGUUCAGCCUCCGCUCCCCUGGUGGAGCCCUGCCCAAGGUCCAGUGCCAUGGCAACGGUGCGUCAGGGCAAGCUCUACCUAUAUGGGGGGAUGUUUGAGGUCGGGGACCGCCAGUUCACCCUGAACGACUUCUACUGCCUGGACCUCCACAAGAUGGACCGGUGGGAGACUCUGGUUGAAAUGGAUCCAAAGACACAGGAGUGGCUGGAAGAGUCUGAGUCAGAGGAUGAGGAGGAGGAGGAGGAGGAGGAGGCGAAAGGACCAGAAGGGGAGGAAGAGGAGGAGGAGUCUGAAGAGGAAAGCGAGGAUGAGGAAGAUGAAGAAGAGCACCCAGCGGUGCAGGAGGGGGAGAAUGUGACGGAUUACCAGAUCCGCACAGAGCAGUACUGGAUAGGACUGGCACGAGCAAACAUGGGCGCCGACGCCAAGGACAAAAAGGUCGCCAAGGUUGCCCUCGCCAUGGCUAAAGUCUUCUAUGAAGACCAGUAGUGGAAUAUGCCAAACUGUUUGUGUGUGUGUGUGUGUGUGUGUGUGUGUGUGUGUGU